AUGGGGAAGUAUUAUUUAGCUUACCUGUUGAUCCUCCUCCUGAACUUGGAGGUAUUGCCCACUUCUCUUGCUUGUCCCUACUGCUCAUACCCAACUCCUCCUAUGCCACCAAAACAUCCUCCCAAAUUCCCACCAAAACAACCCCCCAGUGUUGUGCCUAAACCACCACCCAAAGUCAAGCCACCAUAUGUACCCAAACCUCCAAUUGUGAAACCGCCCUAUGCUCCCAAACCUCCCAUCGUUAAGCCUCCCUAUAAGCCCAAACCUCCCAUUGUUAAGCCUCCCUAUAUACCCAAGCCUCCCUAUGUGCCCAAGCCUCCCAUUGUUAAGCCUCCCUAUAUACCCAAGCCUCCCUAUGUGCCCAAACCUCCCAUUGUUAAGCCUCCCUACAUACCCAAACCCCCAAUCGUUACGCCACCACCCUAUGUGCCCAAACCACCCAUUGUAGUGCCUCCGUACGUGCCAAAGCCACCCAUAAUCAAGCCACCACUUCCGCCAGUAGUGACAGUACCACCACCAUCACCACCUGUUGUGACGCCAGUGCCUCCCCCUGUUGUGAAGCCACCGAUGCCGCCUAUUGUAGUUCCCAAGCCUCCCCCACAACCAAUUGGAAAGCAAUGUCCACCUCCCCCACCAAAAGUAGUGCCAUGCCCUCCUCCGCCAGCACAACAAACUUGCCCCAUCGACACUCUUAAACUAGGUGCAUGUGUAGACUUGUUAGGUGGCCUAGUGCACAUUGGAAUUGGGAGCAGUGCCAAGGACACAUGCUGUCCGGUGCUGCAAGGGCUAGUGGACUUAGACGCCGCUCUAUGUCUGUGCACCACCAUUAAGGCCAAGCUUCUUAAUAUCAACAUUCUUAUACCCAUCGCUCUGGAAGUUCUCGUUGAAUGUGGUAAAACUCCACCACCAGGUUUCCAGUGUGCCUCUUGA